CACUUCGGAGCUUAGCCUACCUUUUUGUUAAUAUCUUCAUUGUUUCUUGAAGCUCUAGUAUUCCUCUGACUGCGUGGAGUAACAAACAGUGUGGAGUUAUUCCACUGGUUAGGGAGUACCAAUGUUUUUUUUUUUUUUUUUUUUUAACAGGUAUCGGGUACCCGAGAUUAGCAAAGUUUGUCUCAUGUCCCGGCCUACAAAACUGCUAUUUUAGUGAGACAGGUACCCGACCCGAAAAAAACAGAAAAUUUAGUCAAUUUUCCAUCGGAUUUUUUGCGGAUUAUCGGAUAAUCGGGUCGGGUUUUUUUUAACACCCCUAAUAAUGGCUAUAAUCUAUUAUGUCUAGUAAAGACUAACAACAACAGAAGUUUGCUAUUUUCUGAAAACCUUGAAUCAAACAGAGCAAAAACAGAAGAGAAUCCCAGAAACAACGAAAAUGAAGAUGACAUGGAAAAAGAAGAGUGGGAGCAAGCGGUUAGCCAUACCUAACCUUCCUUUUGAAAACGAUGAAGAAGAUGAUCAACUUAAACAAGCAAACUCUCCUCCUUCUUCACUCAAUCCCCAAAUUCCCAACAAAACCCUUGAUUCUUCUCUUGCCGGUGCUUUCCAUGAACAAGGAAACAAGCUUGCUGAGGAUGGUAAAUACCGCGAAGCACUUGGAAAGUGGGAGGCUGCUAUUACUUUGAUGCCCGAAAAGGCUGUUUUGCACGAACAGAAGGCUCAAGUAUUACUUGAAGUUGGAGAUUCCUGGGGUGCUUUGAAAGCAGCAACUCGAGCCACUGAAUUGGACCCAUCAUGGGCUGAGGCUUGGACGACCCUUGGUAGAGCACAGCUGAAUUUUGGGGAGCCUGAUAGUGCAAUUGAAACCUUUGACAAUGCUUUGGCCCUUAAGCCUGAAUUAGCUGAGGCACAAGAGGAUAGACAAACUGCUUUACAGCUUGUGAAGAAGAGAAAGCACCUUCACUCAUCAGGUCUAAGCACGGAUAAAUCUCGUUAUGCAGUUGGUGAUGGAGGUGAAGCCAAGCUCCCUGGUUCGGCCUGAAUGUACUGGUUGUAUACUCCACAACAAAAUCCUAAUAUAGCAAGGUAAUGCAAAUUAGAGCAGCUGCUUCAUUCCUGAGAUACCCCAGCUUGUUUGACUGCAGUAGUAGAGUAUUUUGGGUGUACAUAACCAGUUAUCGAGUAUAGUUGUAAUAGACAGAUUAAGGGGCAUACCUAUCUGUCAAAUGUUCAUCUGAUAUUAUAUAACUGAAAUCAAACAUUCUGAUGCAUGUUUCUGUAGGUAACAUCACCUGUAUACUGUGUUGUUCGUAUGUUAUUUCUUUACUCGUA